CAGUAGUCCUAUUCCGAUUCAUAAGUGUUCUUCUGGAGGACCGUAUCGCCCGUUCCAAGGCUCACCAUGUCCCUACGUGCCGUCAACACGAGUAUGUUGAUGCCCCAAGCAUUGCAAAACGCCAUGACCGAUGCAAUGAGUACGGUUGACGACGUGAAGUUGUCUAAGCUGUCUUCUAUCAUGCGUGUUACCUUGGAUAAGGCAAGAGAUAAGCGUCAAAAGGCGAAGCCAAAACCGCCACAACCGGUACCGGUACUGGUACCUUGUGACUGUGCGUGGUCUUGGCUGAUGGGACCUCAUAUGCACCUACAGUAUGUAUUCACGGGCGGCCGACCUCAGCCUGAGGGUGCACGACCACCACCCAAGGUAUCCUACUUCCGGACCCUUCUAAAUGAACUGAAACUUGUUUCUGAGGUCGGGGAACUUGUUUUCAAUGUCUACGAGUUCGCGUUUGAUUUCGUUGAGUGGGUGCUCAUUAAGUAUCUCGCAGAAAAUCCUGAGAAACAGAUCGCUAUCAAGAAGGCCUGUCCAGUUGAAUGGGCAAAGAUUGACUCUAAGCUAACUUUUGUAAAGGAGAAGAUGGAGAGCAUUGACCAGAAGUUUGAAGAAGCCAUGGAAAUAGUGGAAAUGGCUGUAAACUUGGACAACGACUCAGAAACAGAAAGGGCUCUGCAGAGGUACAAGUCAAUCCAGAGCGACAUUCAUCCCGUGUUUGACACUUGCAUCGAAUGUUUGAAGAAAGCAGAAGGCGUGCUUGAAACUCUGAAUCAUAAAAUCGAAGAGAUGAGGAAGAGUUACAAGGAUAGAGCGACAAAAAUCACGUUAUUCGCGUCAAUAGCUGCUGGUGUCGCCGGCUGCCGGCUAGAGGGUAUGCGGGAAAAGAUCAGUAUUGCUGCCCUUGCGCUGGUUGCCUCCUUAGGUUGUAUUGGAUUCGCAGUCCGCCAGCGCAACGAGUUAGGCAACGACCUGACAUAUUAUAACACCAAAAUGAACCUUAUCAUGGAAAUCGACCUCAGAAGAAGAAAAUUGGCAGAUGGUCCCCCUUCCAAGCAUUAAGAUGAUUUUUGUGUUUCCUGAAAUGGCAAAAAUCUCAAACUGAACCUGAGUAUAUCGAAAGGAUACAGUCAUUUAUGUGUCAAGUAAUACAAAAUAAAUCAUGUACUUGUAACUGGAUAAAUUUUCUGAAGAGUCAGACGUUUCAGACGGU